AUGGGCUACAUCUUGGACCCGGACCGGAUACCGCCAGAGCUGGAGCCCUUCAAAGACAGGCUUAGUCCAAACUUCUUCGAAGUCAGGAAACGUAUCAUUGACUUCAUCAAGCAGGACAUUCUUCCAGCAAUGCCUGUCUACGGUCAGCAGUACAGGGAAGAAGUGGCAAAGUUGAAAGAUCGCAAGCCAGCCUCACCUCACGAAGACCCUGCCUAUACGCACCAUCCGGUUUGGGCAGCUUCCCCACCGAUUGCAGAGACCUUGAGACAAAAGGCGCAGGCACGGGGUUUGUACAACUUCUUCCUGCCUGAGGUUGGAAACCUGGGAGUGCUCGAGUACGCACCAAUCUGUGAGAUUUUAGGAGCUUUCGGUCUAUGCAAUGUUGCCAUGAACUGCACAGCCCCAGACACCGGGAACAUGGAAGUCCUCGAGAAGUAUGGAACACCUGAGCAGAAGAAGAAAUGGCUAGAGCCCUUGCUUGCAGGCCAGAUUCGGAGCGCCUAUGCCAUGACUGAGCCAGGCGUAGCCAGCAGUGACGCCACAAACAUAAGUGCGACUAUCAAGAAAGAGGGCGAUGAGUAUGUAAUCAAUGGGCACAAGUGGUAUAUCAGUGGUGCGUGCAGACCGGAGUGUAAAGUCUUCAUCUUCCUGGGCAGGUCUGGGGGUGAGUCGACACACAAGCAACAUUCGAUGAUUCUGGUUCCACGUGAUGCCAAAGGCGUGCACAUCAUCCGGCCUUUGGGCUUGUUCGGACAUAUACACGACCAUGCUGAGAUCGUUUUUGACAACGUUCGAGUGCCACUGGGAAAUAUGCUUUUAGGCGAGGGCCGUGGAUUUGAGAUCGCGCAGGGUCGUCUUGGUCCAGGUCGCAUUCAUCAUUGUAUGCGAACUAUUGGCACCGCAGAGCAGGCACUAGAUGCCAUCAUCCAUAGGGUUCACAAGCGCGUCGCGUUUGGAAAGGUGCUUGCAAAUCAUGCCACCAUCCGGCAAUCCAUUGCUGAGGCACGAAUGGAAAUUACGAAGUCAAGGCUAUUGUGCUACCUUGCAGCAGUCCAGGCGGACGAUCACGGCUUCAAGGAUGCUAAAGCUUUCAUCGCCAUGACUAAAGUGGAUGCCCCACGAAUGUGCCAAAAAAUCAUCGACGAGGCCAUUCAAAUUCAUGGGGCGCACGGCGUGAGUCAAGACUCGCGCCUCACCGACUUGUACCACCACGUGCGUCAUGUGCGACUUGCUGAUGGUCCCGACAUCGUGCACCUGAACACCAUUGCCAAGGAGGAGCUGAAGCGCAGGUCUUCAGUCAUGGGCGAGAUGGUCAGCGGCAUCAAUAAGAACAUCGACAAGUUCGGGAAGUUUGCCAAUGUCGUGCCGGACACAAGAGCUCGGCUUUAG